UGGGUGAGGAUUCCUAUUCAAAUCAUCAGUUCAAAUGACUUUGGUUUGGGUCAACAGGGCUGAGUCAGGAAAACUGACACAAACAGAAACUGUAAGAGAAGUAGCCAACAUUGGAAAGCAGAAAUCUGCUUUAGUCCCUUUAUUCUACAAGAAGGUUGUUCCUCAGUUUUUAGUCAGAGAAAUAUGAAAGGCGUUUUGUUUCUGCUUUUAAGUUGGGCAACGAGUGUCUCAAUGUCCAAAUGCAGAGCCCAACAGAGGGAGACAUACGCCAUCGAGGGUGACACUGUUGGACUCCGCUGUUACACAGGAGAGGUCAAGAACCUGACGUUCAGCUGGACCAAAGAUAACGACACUGUAAUAUCAACAAGCCGACAUGUAUUUAAAGGGAGUUCCUUGUGGUUUUUGAAAACGGUGUCAUCCGACAGUGGCCAUUACGUGUGUACAAGCCCAGAAACGCCGCAUGUGGAAACUAGAGUGCUACUCUCUGUCGAAAAAGGAAAAUGUCCGAGAGCUCUGGCGCCCGUACAGGUCACGGAGGGAGAACACGUCAACCUGACUUGCGCUGAAGAUUCCAUUGAGACUCUGGGACAGACAUUGCAAGUGCAGUGGUGGAAGGACUGUGAAUCUACAGGAGUGCAAGGCGAGGAAAUUAGUCUUGACGUAUCAAUGGACAGCACAGGUAACUACACUUGUGUGGUCAUCUUCAGAUAUGAAGGGGAAAACUACACUACCUCUCACACUCGUCAGCUCAAAGUGCUAAAGAAAGAGCCUGUGGAGAAGCCUGAAGUAAUACAUCCCCGUAACGAGAUUCUGUAUGUCAAACCAGGUAUGAGAACCAAGCUGGAGUGUACUGUUUUCAUUGGUUCAGGAGACGAAGCCCAGGAAGAUGUGUCUGUAUAUUGGACAGUAAAUGAUGAAUUCAUUGACGGAUUUCCACAGCUUCAGGAAAACAUUACUUCUCAGAUGAGGGAGGAUGAUCGAAUUUAUUACAAAUCUACACUGUUCAUUUCUGAAGUUAAUGCCACGUUUUUUGAUGUACCUUUCAAAUGCAUUGUUCUGAGCUCUAGGGGAUCGGAUACGGGCCUGGUGUGGCUUAGCCAAGGUGAUCAAAGUACCACCCAGACACUACUGAUUAUUGCUCCGGUGCUGAUAAUUGUUGUGGGCAUUGUGCUAUUCAUGUUCUUCAAAAUAGAUAUUAUUUUAGCCUAUCGUCAUCUGUGCGGCAAAAGCAAAACUGCUGCACAUGCGAGCAAGAUAUACAAUGCAUAUGUGUGUUAUUGCAAUGACGACAACGCUGGUUCAUCAACGGCAAAGAACUUGGCUCUGAGGAUCAUGCCUGAGGUGCUGGAGCAGCAGCACAACCUCAAACUGUUCAUACACAGCCGUGAUGACGCUGGCACAGAAGCAAAUGUUUCCAACAUGACUGAUGUGGUGGGCCAGAGCAGGACGGUGCUGCUCGUCCUUCCAGGAUCAAGUCCAGCCAAUCACAGUAAAGAAGAAAGCAACAUUCCACUGAGUGCAGGCCAAGAUAAUGCCUCACACUGCCGGGACCUGUAUUCUGUCAUUGCUCAGUCUGGUGUUCCAGUAAUUGUGGUUGAAAGUGGUGAGAAUGCCGAUUACUCACUGUUGCCGGAGUCCAUCCAGUCCAUCAUACAAAGGAAUGGGGUGCUGAGGUGGAGCCCUGCAGUGCAGCCCAGUGGCCGUUUCUGGAAGCACCUCCGAUAUCAUAUGACCUGAGAAUUCCAACAACUGUAUAGAUACACACCAGUUUAAAUGUUUGGAAUCACUUGGCAUAUUAAUAAAUGCUGUUUUUUACAUACAAUCAUAUCUGAAGUAAACUGAAGGAACACCAAGAAGUUAUUAAAUGAUAAUUAAUAUACUGUAGUUGUAUACAUACAAUCUUUUUUGUCAAGUUAUCUGCCUCGACUUUUCAAAUAUGCUGCAUAAUGUAUAAUCAUUUUAUCCAGAAUUCAUUGUCUAUGCUUUCUCAGUCAUUUUAGAAAUGUUUAUAGCUCUGUUUAACAAACGCUUUUUUAAUGGCUUCCUAGCUUCCUAUAAAUUAUUUUAAAACUGUGAAGCAUUUAAUGCAUUCACAUAAAUUGGUUUUGUAUUAUUGAAAAUGUGGUUCCACACUUUUGAAUUGUAAUUGUCACAACUAAAUACAUAACAGCAUUAAUGCUGAAAUG